CGAAGGAGUCUUCUAGUGAUAGCCAAGCAAAUGGCUAGCGUCACUGGUUCUCUUAGUUCGAAUAUUGCAUCCGCUCCUUUAGCCUCGACGGAGCAGCUCGUCGACGGAUUUCGCGAAAAUUUCAUUUCGCAAUAUUAUUUUGGUACUUUGAUUAUCAUCUGGUGAUAACGUACGCGAGAUAAAUUUUACAAAUUUUUUAAAUAUUAUUUCUCAUUGGAUUUUAGGGUUAAGUUAAAAUCGUCGAAGCCGGCUCGUGUCUGUGAACUUGACAUUGACUUUAGGCAGUGAUUCACUUAACUUGAUCUUGACUGGAAAAUAAUUGAAUGGAGAUCAAACGAAACGUGUAAAACAAUCUACAUUUUAUAGGGAAUAAAAACGGAAGAAAAUUUUGAAUUUUUUUUUUGUUUAUGUAAUUGUGAUAUAUCGUUCAUUAUACGGCGAUACCAUGUCCAUGGCUAUUUGGAUACUGGUGUUCCUGCAUUGUGCCACGAUUUCUGUCUUUGGCUUGACCGCGGAUGAGAUCGAGGCUCAAAGGAGCGGCUGGGAUGUCAGUCCUAAUACGCAAUACCACAUACAAACGGAUGAGGGUCCCGAGCGUUACUUCCGGUUCCAGACACUCAGUGGUCAAUACCGGAAAGAAAAGAGGCUCGAAGAUGGAACAGUCGUUGGUACAGAAGGCUGGCUGGAUCCUCUAGGAUAUUUGAGAAUCAAAGAUUAUGUUGCCGACGAUCAGGGUUUCCGGAUAUUGCGAUCCAAGACAGUCUUCGUCGGCAAGGACAGACCCAUUCAAGAUGCAGUGUCAGUGUCCAAAAAAGUACCAGCUGAUAGUGGAAUUUUGGUGAAACCACAGAGACCACCAAAUCCUUUCAGACAACCAGAAUUGAAAGACGUGCCAAACAGCAUAGAAGCGAACACAGUGACACCUUUGAGAUCAUCUACGACAUCCUUGGAAUCAUCAAAUCAUUAUACAGCUCCAUCGAGUACAGCAGUUCCGUAUACUGCAAGCAUUCCAGAAUCUCAGUACGAAGAUGGCUACCUAAAACCAAAUACGAAUUAUCUAUUACCAGGAUACCAAUUCCAAAGUCCUUACGUCAGUCCGUACAGGAGUCCUUAUCCAUAUCAUAUUCCACCACCAGCUGUACUAGUUCAGCCACCUGUUUACGACGAAAGCAAUGGCCAAGCCAGUCAACAAUUACCUGUGCAAGUUGUGUACCAACCUAACAGUUUAAAUUCCUCAACGCAACAAACCAAUUACAAUCCAGCUGGAUAUCAAGAAGUAACACCAGUACAAAUUCAGAGACCAGGAAUUCCAGGAUCACAGGAAGCUUCAGCCAGAUCUCCUAUUCAAGCAUCAUCUUCAGCAGCUUCCAGUUCUGCAAUAUCUCAACAACUCCCAUUGUACGACGGUGUCCACUCAACCGCCAAUGGUUUCCAGUAUUACUUGAAAUCUCAUUAUCACGAAGAAGAGAAACAGCCGAACGAUAAGAAAGUUGGUUCGUUCGGGUAUGUCGAUCCUUUCGGCAUCCGAAGAGUCAUCUAUUACAGUGCAGAUCCACAAAGUGGAUUUUUACACAAAAAGAACAAUAGAUACGUUGGGUUUAAUGCGAGUCCUUAUGAUCCUUUGCCGCCAUCAUCGCAUUAGAAAGUCAAAUAACAUAAUUUUGAUAUAAUCAAUAAGAUUAGCUAAAUAUUCAGCUAAGCUCUGAUCCUCUAUUUAUUUAGAGGAGUGCCACUUUUUCGGAAUUCCUUAAUUCCACCGACUAUCUUACAUUUAAAAAAAACUUUUUUUAUAACUUUAUAUAUACUCAAAAAGGAAUUCCAUGGAGAUUAACCAGUUAAUCUUUUUUUAUCUUCGUUUCUCGACUUCUACAUGAAAUUCUUGUGUCUGUGAUCUAAAUUAAAGAAACCAGUACAGAUCCGGUCCAUACACAAACAUUAGUGCUUUGGAAUAUGUAUUUACCAGAUUAAACGAAAGCGGACUUUACUUACGAAAUCCUGUCGUAUCGCCACGAAGAGUCUGCGAGUAAAGUCGGACAGGCACAUUAACUGAAGUGCUGCCUUAAAUACGUGGGUGUCAAAAAUCGGACUAGGCCCACGUAUUUUUAUACAGUCCUUAAUAUAAGAUUACUUCCUAAUCGUCUAAUCUCUAAUGUGUGCCUUCUAAUACGUAAAAGGUUUCUCGGUCUAUGUUCAAGGUGGUAAAGCUAAAUCACCAUAAGUAGCGAUCAAGUAUCCAUCCAUUAACAAUUUCUGGGUCAGUCGCACCUCCCAAGACACUGAUUACAGUCCACUGUAUAAAUUAUUGUCAACGUGGACAUGCUAGUUUCUCCUGAUAACUUACUAUUAAGCUAAUGCCCAUUCUGUAUAUGUCCAUUAGACUUCAUCUUGGAUUUAGUACGGAUACUAACACAAAACUAAAUAAUUAGUAAUAAGUAGAAUAACAUUCGAUAUUUAUAAUUGUGGGCUCAUUAUGAAAUUUUAACAAUCAGCACCAUUUUUAAAUUAGCAAAGUUCCAGUCUGGAAUCUAAUUUCGCUAAUGUCUUGCUGUGGCUUAUAAGUAAUGGCAUAUUGUAAAUUUUUUUUAAUGGAAUCGAAUCAUGCAUCUGUUUACCAAUUUUAUAUUGGAUGACUAAUCAGUAUCCUAUUUUGUAAUUGUUAUCGGUUGUGAUCGCAUGGCUAACCGGAUUUGUACCCACGCUUCGUCUCGUAUUCUCUUAUCGCACUAUUAUACUGAUACCAUAUUAUGAGAGAACCGUUAUAGUUUUCGGAACCAGUACCAAUUUUGGCAUGAGUGGAAUCGAUCAAUAUCUAAUUAUUUUUCACGGAAUUAAUUACGCAGUGACAGAUUUUUUUAGAACACUCAUUUACAGGAAUCAAAAACGUUAUGAUCAAGUGAUUAAUUUAAUUAUUCGUAUAAUGAAAUUCUUGAUUACUGUACCUUUGAAUUCGCUCGUUAUUUCAUUAUUCAGAUAAGUUAUUCCAAAUUUCGUAAGUGAAACGCUACCAGGGACAUUUUUUUUAUGAGUUGCUAUUUGCUAUUUUUUUUUAUAAAAAGAAGUCGAGCUACAUUAAUUAGGGUAGAAUUAUCACUGGCUACGAUGGUGGGAAAUAUACUAUUGCCUUAUAUCCGGUUCAAUCGAAAUCUAAUCGUUUCUUUAUGAGAUAAUUAGGUACUACUAAUUUAAGUAUGUAUUGUUGCUAAUAUUAUUAACUAUGACGGCACAGACACUGCCCUGUUGAUCACGGUGAAUUGCACUGUGCACUUCGUAAAGGAUACUCAACACAUCAGUUUUACCUGAAUUUUUGUAACAACUAUAUUGAAUAAUAAUUUUGCAGAUUUGGCAAUGGACCCUGGUCGCAGGGCUGACGAGAAAACGUGCUUGUAAAUAAAUAAAACGAUCGUGUUUUACAAAAAGA